AUGUCCUCACGUAUCUAUAUGCUCAGAAGCACCAUUGAAGAAGCAAAGUUCAGAUUUUGGCAAACUGAGCAGUCAUCUCUAGAUAAUGAAAAAGGGCCAUCUCUACGACUCUACCUGGGCGCCGCGGAGGUCGGGUGCAGCGUCAUCCAAGAGCUCCUUCCGAGUGAAGACCAUGGCGAGGAAGAUGUUGAUAGCAUCUGCAAGGGGUGCUCGGAGGGGUCGGAGCAGGGGUGGGGCGAGGUGCCAGUGCAGGUGCGUGUAGCCGUGGAGCCUACCUCCGUGCUCCGGUCGACAGACAGACCUUGGUCGGCGCCGGAGGUGCUCGUAUUCCCGUCCCUCGACCUUGGCCUCCACGUCCAUCAUGGAUGUCGGGGCCCGGGGGUGCUGCCGCUGCUAGAUCGAGGCCGCCUUCGCGGUCGCGUGCUCCCCGUCGCAGUCGCCGAGACCCCCGUGCCGGUGCGGGCGUGCGACCGUGCCCUCGCGCGCGAGAGAGAGAUGGAGAGCGAGGACAUCGAGGAGCGACGCAUGGAGCCACCGAGAAGGCUAGACGAGGGUUCCCCAGCUCUACGCGGCCGUCGGCUGCGCGCCCAGAUGCCGGCGGGCGCGGGCGACGAUGGUGCGCGUGCGGCGGCGGCGCGGCCUGCUGCGGGCGGGCACGGGGGCAGGGUGGGCGCGAUGGGGGCGCGGUGGCGGCGUGGCCAGAAUCACGGGAGCGAGCGGGAUCUCGCGAAGGGGAGCACACGCGCGGGGAGGGGGAGCGAGCGAGCGUGCGAAGAGCAUUGGGCUCGCGUGUAG